AUAAGAAAGCAAUAAAAGCAGUAAACGGAUUGUGUGUUCGGAUUCGUAUUUGUCUACGUCGCCGUGCCUCGCCUCGCUUUGUCGUCACCAUUGAGAGUACGGUUUCAAUUCUGUUGGUUUUUCUUUUGUUAUCGAAACCAAUUGGCAUUGUGCAACGUGAUUGAUCGUUCAUGUGGCGCUCGCAAUUAAAAUCAAAAGUGCUCUUAACGCGAAAGUAAAAGUGUGUUUGUAUGUUUUUGUGGCGCCACAAAAUGUGGCAAGUGCUAGUGCCGCAAUGAUACCGGCUUUGGGAAAGUGCAUGCAAAUUCGCAGUUCGCUGCGAAUAAAGAAAUAAAUAAAACGCGUUAAUUUACAUAUCAAAGAAGUCGCUUGUCAAUACCCGUUUUAUAUAAUCGUCCAUACAUUAUCACUGAGCUAUUGUGUGGCAGAGUGUAAAAGAUUAUCAUCAUCAUCUACUAAUAUUAUUUAGUGUGGAUUUUUAUGCGCCAAAGUUGAUACAAAACAACGCCAAAAUGCCUCGAGGCGGCAGUUGGCAAUUGACUUGGCCACUGGUGGUCACUGGUCACCGUCGGUCUAAUCACAGCACAGCUCGACAACACGAUGGCGAGCUCAGAGUUGGCUGCUGCUGCGGCAGCUGGAGCAGCAAUGCGCUGCGAUCACAAUGGGAAUGCGAAUUCGAAUGCGACCACGCCCAGAACGACGCCGCGUAAAGAAAAGACAAUACUCGGUUGGCUGGUGAAAAGUGCAAGUGUGAGCGAUAAGACGAACGAUAGCGAAAGCGAUAACAACAAUCGAUACGCGAACGCGAAUACGACCGAUAACAACAACAGUAAUAGUAAUUGCAAUUGUGAAACGCGCGCUUUUCGCGAUUUUCGUGGCGUGCAAACAUUGCGAUUGCUGUGGAGCAAACGCAUCAGCAGCGCCAGCGAGGAGGCAGCUCAACAUUAUCAUCAACAUCAUCACAAUCACAAUCACAAAUCCCCAACGGGGCUGGGCACACUGCGCAAGCUAAAUAAAUCCGUUAGCUGUUUGGUUAACGCGUUUAAUAACGCACGCGAUUGGCCCAGCCUGCAAAACGCGCCGGAAACGCGUUCAAAACGCGCCGCCAGUUUGCACAAUUUGCAAGAGGCACGCGACGCAUCGAGUGCGGAAAGGGAGACGAAGGAAUUGCAGCGCGACAAGGAUAAUUUCAAUAAAUACAAAAACGCCGAACAGGCGAAAAUGCAAAACAAAUUGCGACGCGGCAGCAGCAGCUGCGGCGCCGAGGAGAGAACGACAAGUUUUCCGGCCGUGAAAGCGGGCAACGCAGCUGGCGAGCGUUUGCAGUGGCCAAAGCGCGGCGAUGUUGUCAUACCCAAGUGCAAAAUGGAUGGCUUAUCAGAUAAUGAGAGGGAGCGCGAGCGCCACCAAAACAAAUACAACAAUAACAAGAACGAGAGUCAAGAGCUUAUCAGCUCGGUAGUUGUGGGAGAGGAACAAUUCGAAGCACAUUCGGUUAGUCUCGGCGCGACUUGCACUCAGAGCGGCAGCAACGAGUCGCUGCAAACGAUAAAUUCCAUAAAUUCCAACACAACUACAGCGACUGUGACGUCACAGUCGACAACAACAACAACAGGAGGAGCAACGACAACUCGAAGCAACCCACGUCGCAAAUACAGCUUCAAAACACAUGCGGGCAAGUCAUUCCAUCAGCAUCACACACCGCGCCGCAUGUCCAGCCACAGUCACAGUCAUCACAACCACAGCUACAAUCUCAGCUUGCCAGCAGAUGCCACAACAACUGCAGCAAGUGGCAGCGCCACAGCAGCAAGUGGCAGUCUCGUGCGGCAGCUGACGCAACAGUUCAAUGAGAUCAUUCAGAAGGAUGCGCGUCUCCUCGAACAGGUGAAGCGCAAGAAUGGCGUCUGGCUGGCGCGUGGUGCGCAUGUCUACAAGAUUGUGGAGAAGCCACUCGAGCAGCAGACGUCGUCGUCGUCGUUGCGCAGCUCGAUGGUGCAGCGCAACAUUAAGAAGUUCGAGAAGCUGGAGAAGCCAGCGGUGCCCCAGAAGACGGAGCAACUGCUGCGCAAGCAUCAUGAACUGACGCUCAGCCUGAGCAAGCAAAUGCGCAGCAAGCGAGCCAGGCAGCAGCAGGAGAAGGACAAAGAGAAGCAGGUAGAGCAACAGGAGCGGGAGAAGGAGCAAUCAAAGUUGGCGGUGCUGCCUGAGGUGGAGCACAGCACCGAUGAAGGUGUGCAGUCGGAUGUCGAUGAUGCUAACAAACCAAAGCCACAAGCCUCAAUCGCUGAAUCAGAAACAACCGCAACAACCACAACCACUGAGGAGCUGAGUCAGCUGGCUGACGACAACAGUGAUGGGGAUGAGUUGGAUGCCGUGGAGGCAGAGCGACAUCAGCGACGCAAGCACAAAUAUGCCAGCAUCUAUGAGAAGCUGCGCUUGCCCUUCACCAAGCGAUCAUCACCAAAGAAGCAAGCUGCUCUGCUCGAGGUACCGGAGUUGCAACCACAGCAGCAGCAACAGGAUGAUGCUGUGGAACCUUUGCCCUCGCCUUGCGAGGAGGCAUCCGACUCCAAGCUCCUGGCAGCACUUGAAGUGAUCGAUCAGAAGCUGAAAAUACUCGCCGAACCGGGCAGAACCGAAGAGCAGAAGCAGGAAGAGGAACAUCAAUCCAACGAGUUGCUCCUAUUAGAGCACGAUGACUUUGAGCAGCGCAUUUUGCCCAACAAUUCGUUCAUCUAUCAGGCGGCCAACAAGCAGAUCUCCAACAAUCAGCUGCUGCUCAAUCAGGCGGUUAAUGUGACGCUGGUGAACGCCAUCGAGGGCGAGCAAAUGAUCAUGGAACAGAAGCAGCUGGCAAAACCUCCCGUAAUGCAACUGGAGUUGCAGUUGGACCCGAAGCCGGAUCCCAUGUAUGAGCCCAUUACGCCUACGAAGGAAACAACGGAGACAAUAAAGACUGAGCCACAGGCGUCGAGCUUGUUUAAGAUCACCAACCAAGUGGAAAAGGUCAAGGAGCCAACGACAGCCGAGGAUAUUUAUCAGACUGUAGAGGAGGCAAAGACGCUGACGCCAACGCCGGUGGCAACGCCGACAAAGUCACAGACCAAUUGGCUGGAGGGCUACGAGUCCAUAGCGGGCUCCUGCGAGGCGAGGAAUCAAACCUCCAACCCCAAUGAUGACUACGAGGCCUUCGACACGCCCACAACGCCUCAACCCAUACUAGAGGAGCCUGUGACACGCAACAUUCCAAAUAGCACGGGCACUCUGGGACGCAACACUCGCGAUCAGCUGCCGGAGUUGCCCAAACCGAAGCGUGUGAUGCCCCAGGUGCUGCGUCCGGCACCCGCCAAACCCAAUCAACCCAGUCGCCUGCAGGUGAAUGCCUCCUCCGAUGAGGAGGAGGAUGAGAACAUCUACGACACCAUCAAGGGUUGCUACGACUCGAUGUCGCAGCGCACGAUGAGCUCCAAUUGCUACGAAAGUAUCUCCAACUAUCGCAAGAGCAAAACCACAUCAGGUACUUCAAUAGUAGAAGGCGGAACAGCUGCGGGAGAAACAAGAGGAGCAGCUGGAGUCGCAAAUGGAGCAACUGCGGGAGUUCAGCUGUCGAGCAGUGGCUCCUCCUUAACCAUCUCAUCGGAUCACCGCACCAACAGUCUCUACGAAUCUUCGCUAGCUGCGGGUUGUGUGAUCUAUGGCAGCGCUAGUGUUGGUUGUCGCUCCUCCCUCGCCAGCAGCAGUGGCGGAAGCGGAGGCAGGAGCAAGCUGAGCGAUAAACGCUCUUCAAUUGCGGGAUCCAGUGACAACAGCGAUGCCUGGGUGGAUAUAUCCGAUGGCGAGGCAACGGCAGCAACGGCGACAAACAACGAAGCGCAGUUUAUUGUUGUGCGGGAACAGAGGUUCAAGCAGCAUCGCGUUCGUAGUCCGGAUUGGUCGAAACGCAUCAGAGACAAAAGACUGCAACAAAACAAAGCGAAGAGCUGCAUUGAAGAUGACUCGGAUCAUUAUUAUGAAACAUUAUCCCCGCUGGGCAACAAGCGACACUCGACGCAACUUCUGCCCGGACAGCAUCACAAGCGCACUCAGGACUUGCCACGCGCCUCGCAGCGUAGAAGCAAACAGCAUUCGGCAUCGGCGCAUGCGCUGGGACAGCAUGCCAUCAACUCGGAUGAUUACGACUCCUUUGAAACGGACAGCGAUGACCACAUCGAGCAGGAACAACGUCUGCAGCACCACAAUGACAGCGGCGUGGAUAUGCGUAAUCAUCGCUUGCCGGAACCGCCGGCGCCACAGAAUCAAGUCUAUGCCAUUGUGCGCAAGUUUAAGGAUUUCAUCUCCAACAAAAAGUCACCCAAGAGCAGUCAGCAAAAGCUCUACGAGAAUACGACCAGCAACACACAAUUCUAUGUAGAAUGUCGCAAGCAGGAGCUCUACGAGCAAGCGAAAUCACUGAGCAGCUCCGAGAAGAAUCUUAAUCAAGAGCAGCAACAACAGCAGCCGCAAUUGUCAACAACUUUGAUGCGUGCCAAGCAGAAGAAUGGCAAAAGUUUGCGUUCAAGACUGCGCAAGAGUCUUGUGGGUUCAUCCUUCGAUACGAAACAGUUGUCCACGUUGACGCCAACACGCAGCACCUUCUACAUUGAGGAUCCGCCAGCGCAGAUGCAGUUGCAGCUCCAGCAGCAACAACAGCAGCUGCAUGGCUCUGGGGAACUCGAUUCGGGCUUCUCAGAGAAAGCUUCCUCCGGAGAUAUUCCCGUGCCCAGCGCCGAGUCUCAAAAGUUCUCCACAGUUGCACGUAAGGCCAAAAAGGAGGCGAAGGCAAUGCGACGUCGUGCCACCAUCGGAGUCCGGCCGCAUGAACCGCCGCCACCUCCGCCUCCACCAGAGCAACGCAACAGUGUCAAUCGCACGCAGCAGACGCCGCAGCUCGAAGGCUUAACUCAACCCGAUUCAUGGUACGCCGAGUGUGGAGUCUUUAAGCAGUCGAACAGUGUGAACGGUGAGCUGGCCACGCCCACACCGAGCGCCAAUGGCGGUGGCAGCUCUUGGUACGCUGAAUCGGGUCUGUAUCAGACUAGCGGCAAUUCGGUGGCCAGCUCCAGCGGCAGCUCUGGCGUCUCCACGGGCAAUGAAGCGGGUCUGGGCGAUGAACUGCAGCCGCACAGUCUGUUCUCCAAUGAACCGCUCUAUCAAGUCUACAGCGCAGCCAAACUGGAGUCGAUUACACGUGAUCUGGAAGCGCAUGAGAAUGCAUCUACGGAUGGAUACGAGGAGAUUGGACUGCAUGCACAUGCCAAGACACCGCCGGCGCAGCAGUCGAAGGCGCGUCCAACGGCGCUGCAGUUGGUGGAGCCCAAGAACGGGCCGUCAAGGACACUGUGGAGUGAAAUACCCGAGGUCAUCAACUCAUUCAUACUGCCUACCCUAACGCCUCGUGAACGUGGCUUGCAGGAGGCCAAGUUCGAGAUCAUGACGUCGGAGGCGAGUUAUCUGAAGUCCUUGAAUCUGCUGCGACGCCAUUUCAUGAACAACACCGCCUUUUGUGACAGCAGUGUGCUGAGCGCACGCGAUCGCAAGGCGCUCUUCUCCUACAUUGUGCCCGUGCACGAAUGCUCGGAGCGUCUGCUCACGGAACUGGAAUGCUGUUGGCAGAACAACAUCAUGUUGCUAGGACUGAGUCGUUGCAUCUACGAGAUUGCCGAGCGGCAUUUCCAUGUGUACAUAACCUUCUGUGAGCAUCAAGGACGCAUGGAUCGAACGCUACGCCGCUUGAAGGAAACGAAGAAUGGCGCAUUUCAACAGCAUCUGGACAAACUUGAAGCAAGUCCCAGCUGCUGUGGCCUCAAUCUGCACUCGUUUCUUAUGCUACCAAUGCAACGCAUCACUCGACUGCCGCUGCUCAUCGAUGCGGUGUUCAGCAAGGAAUCGCCCAACAAUGCCGAGGAAUACGAGAGCUGGAAGCUAACGUUGGCGUUGGUUCAGAAGAUCGUAGCGCAGUGCAACGAAGCAGCCAAUCGCUGGGAGCAAGCCUACGAACUGGAGCGCAUCUCCAAGCAGCUUGAGUUUCCCUCACACAUACGAGCACUGGCCAUUGCUCCCAUGGGUGUGCCUAAGCAGGGCGCCAAGCCACGUUUCCUGGUCAAGCGCGGUGAACUGACGCAUCUCGUGUGGCGUGGCGAUGAUGCCAAGUUGACGUUUGGCAAACGCUUUAGCAAAUCGAGUAUUUAUGCCUUCCUCUUCUCCGAUCUGCUGGUGCUCUGCAAGCGCAAGGGCGAAUCGAACUUUAGUGUGUUUGACUAUUGCCCCAGAAGCAUGCUGACACUCGCAUCGGGCGACACAUUGCCGCAGCUGCCCACCAAAGAUAUUAAGGAUCCGACUAGCAAAAAUCUCAUGCUGAUGACGCUGCUGGAGAACUACGAGCGCAAGACAAUUGAACUUGUGCUGUCGUGUCCCUCAGUGUCAGAUCAGCAGCGCUGGCUGGAAGCCAUGCGUCCACCGGAGGCGGAAACGCCUGGGGAGAAGUUGUAUGAAUCCUGGGAUUGUCCGCAGGUGAUUGCCAAGCACAGCUACAAAUCUGAUGAGCCAGAUGUGCUUCAGCUCGAGCAAGGCGACGUUGUAAACGUCUCACGCAAGCUGCCAGAUGGCUGGUACCAGGGCGAGCGCAUACGAGACGGAGCCGUCGGCUGGUUCCCCGGCAGCUACACCGAGGAGCUGAAUUCAUCGCAUGUCCGCUCCCGCAAUCUCAAGCAGCGCCAUCGUCUCCUCACCUUCACCGCCACCUAUCUGGAGGCGCAGAAGGUGAAGUGAUUGCGAUGCAAGUGGACAUCCUCAUCCACGCCAUCUCCAAUCAGGCCACAUCCAAGGUGGGCCGAGUAUUCAAAUAUUUUAGUCCAUUACCAGCAAAUAGAAAUAUAAUUAUAUAUAUGUAUAUGAUCGAUUAUAUAUAAAACUAGGAAAUGUGAUAAUUAAUUAAAUAUAUUUGUUUAAAAAGGCAAAACAAAGAAAAACCAAGAGAAAACAAAAAGUGAGAAUCAAUUGCUGCCCUUUAAUUUAUGUGAAUUAGUUGUAAACUUUUCAAUUGUAAUCAAUUCAGUCGUAAUAUCAACAUAUAUCCAUGUACUCUAUGUUAAUUCUACUUAAACAAAUAUCAUAUAUUACUUUAAAAAUAUAUAUAAACAAAUAAAUAAAUGUAUGUGAAUGUAUAAAUGGUUAAAUACAAACUCAAAAAAUCAUGA